UCCCACCGAGUUCGGCGCGGAUCACGUCGGCAGAGCGCAGUCCCAUCUGUCCCAUGUGCCGAAUACCAGCCCUCGUGUCCCCGCCAAAAUCGAGAGAGAUGUUUAGACUGUAUGAAUCUUAGCUGUUCACCGAUCCCACCCUCUGUACGUAAUCUCCAAGCUCAGUAGCUGAUACUAGAGACUGAGAGUUGUAUCUUAGCUGUUCACCAAUCUCUCUUUCUCUCUCUUACCCCGCCUCCCUCCGUAUAUAGUCUCACACUAUCCGCACUCCCUUGCUACUCCUCAUCCAAUAUUUAUUAUGGCCCCAAAUACUGCUCUCAUUUUCCCGUUCUUGGUUUUGAUCUCGGCUUCCUCUGUGUUCUGCGCAAAUGUCACCUACGACCAUCGAUCUCUCAUCAUCGAUGGACAGCGGAAGCUCCUCAUCUCCGCCUCCAUCCACUAUCCUCGCAGCGUUCCCUCCAUGUGGCCGGGGCUCAUCGCUGCUGCUAAAGACGGCGGGUGUAACACUAUAGAGACCUAUGUGUUUUGGAACGGCCACGAGCUCUCCCCCGGAAAUUACUAUUUUGAGGAUCGAUUCGAUCUCGUCAAGUUUGCAAAGAUUGUGAGGGAUGCUGGAUUGUAUAUGAUACUCCGCAUUGGUCCUUUUGUUGCAGCUGAAUACAAUUUUGGGGGAAUCCCUGUUUGGUUGCAUUAUGUCCCAGGUACUGUGUUUCGGACAAAUAACGAACCAUUCAAGAGACAUAUGCAAAACUUUACGACGUAUAUUGUUAAUAAGAUGAAGCAAGAGAAGUUAUUUGCAUCGCAAGGAGGCCACAUCAUCUUGUCUCAGAUUGAAAAUGAAUAUGGAGAUAUUGAAAAGCCCUAUGGUGACGGGGCAAAAGAUUAUGCAAUGUGGGCUGCAAGUAUGGCUCUUUCUCAGGAUAUAGGUAUUCCUUGGAUUAUGUGCCAACAAUAUGAUGCUCCCAACCAUGUGAUAAACACCUGCAAUUCAUUUUACUGUGAUCAAUUCACACCAAAUUCCCCGGAAAAGCCAAAAUUUUGGACAGAGAAUUGGCCUGGAUGGUUUCAAACUUUUGGGGCCCCAAAUCCUCACAGACCACCUGAGGAUAUUGCUUUUGCUGUUGCCCGUUUUUUCCAGAAAGGCGGGAGUCUUCAAAACUACUACAUGUAUCAUGGAGGAACAAACUUUGGCCGCACAUCUGGGGGACCAUUCAUCACAACAAGUUAUGAUUAUGAUGCACCCAUUGAUGAAUAUGGGUUGCCAAGGCUUCCGAAAUGGGCACAUCUGAAAGACCUGCAUACAGCUAUUACACUAUGUGAGCAUCCUUUGCUCCAUGGAGAGACAACUCUUCUAACAAUUGGUCCUCAACAAGAGGCAAAUGUUUACUCAGAUUCCACAGGAGCAUGUGCAGCAUUCCUGGCUAAUAUGGAUGAUGUAAAUGAUACAGUGAUUGUUUUCCAGAACAAAUCAUAUCAUCUUCCAGCUUGGUCAGUUAGCAUUCUGCCAGACUGCAAGAAUGUUGCAUUUAAUACUGCAAAGGUUCGAUCUCAAAAAUCUAUUGUAGAUAUGCUUCCUGCAAGUUUGGAAGCAUCAGUGACGUUUCCACAGAAACAUUCAAGAGAAAUCCAGUGGGAAAUUUUUAUGGAGAAGGCUGGAGUCUGGGGGGAACCAGACUUUGUCAAAAAUGGAUUUGUUGAUCAUAUUAACACGACAAAGGACUCUACUGACUAUCUUUGGUACACAACAAGUCUCUAUAUAGAUGAAAGUGAAGGAUUUCUAGAUGGUGGAAACCAACCAAUUCUGAUAGUGGAGUCCAAGGGCCAUGCUGUCCAUGCUUUUGUAAACCAGAAACUUCAAGUCACUGCAUCUGGAAAUGGAUCAAAAUCGUCUUUUGCAUUUGAAACUCCCAUUUCCCUCAAGGCUGGAAAGAAUGAAAUCGCUUUCUUGAGUAUGACAGUUGGAUUACAAAAUGGAGGGCCAUUUUAUGAAUGGUGGGGAGCAGGACUGACCAGUGUAAGAAUAUCUGGGUUAAAAAACGGUACAAUGGAUUUAUCUUCAAAUGCAUGGUUGUACAAGAUCGGAUUGGAGGGUGAGCAUAAAGAAAUCUACACCGAAGACGGUAUGAAAAAUGUUAAGUGGUUACAAAACUCAGAACCACCAAAGAAUCAACCCCUCACAUGGUACAAGGCAGUUGUAGAUCCACCAAAAGGAGAUGAACCAGUUGGACUUGACAUGAAGUACAUGGGAAAAGGCCAGGCUUGGUUAAAUGGAAAACCCGUUGGAAGAUACUGGCCACGAACAAGCUCUAUACAUGGUAACUGCAGUUCUGUUUGUAAGUACAGAGGCAAAUUUUUCCCAGACAAAUGUCUCACAGGAUGUGGAGAACCAACACAGAGAUGGUACCAUGUCCCUCUCUCUUGGUUUCAACCAUCAGGAAACAUUCUAGUGAUCUUCGAAGAGAAAGGUGGAGAUCCAACUAAGAUUUCUUUUGGAAGACGAAAAGUCACAGGUCUCUGUGGUUUUGUAUCAGAGGACUACCCUUCCAUUAACCUAGAAUCAUGGGAUAAGAACAUGAAUAAUGCUAGUGAAGACGCGGUAGCUCUCCAUUUAACAUGUCCUGAAAGUACAGUCAUUUCAUCAAUUAAAUUUGCUAGUUAUGGCAAUCCUAGUGGUAGUUGUGGAACCUACACCCGAGGAAGCUGCCAUCAUUCUGACACCAAUUCUGUGGUCGAGAAGGUUUGUUUGAAUAAAAAUGAAUGCACUGUCCCUUUGUCACAAGAAAGCUUCUCAAAUGAUUUGUGCCCUGGCAUUACUAAAUCACUGGCUGUUGAAGCAACAUGCAGCUAGUAUAUGAUUCUCUGAUUCUUGUUACUUGCAGUUUUGCGCAUUUGAUCCAUUUAAUUCAUCCAAAAUAAGGCAAUAUAACCCACAAAGUACAAGGUCUUCAUCGCAGCAAAGCAGGUGGAAAGACAUUUAUUUUGGUCAUUUAAUUAAUAGCCUCUGAAUUCAUUGGAAUUCAUUGGGAUAUGAAUGUUCUGUCAUUGUAUGAUUACAUGUUUUGUAUUUCUAAACUGUUGUUUAACAAAUUAAUCCAAAAGCUUUAAUUACAAUGAGGCAAGGGAGUACGUAUA